GAAUUCUAUGUCAACAACUUAGAAUCACCUCUCUAAAAGGCUUCAAUUGUUGACCAAUAUCAUCGACUCCCUUUGUGUGCGUGUAUAUAACUCUCCCUUCUAUCUUUCUACUCCAUGUUCUCUUCCCUUAAAAAAAAAAAAACUCAUUAGCAUUUCUCAAAACUAAAACUCUCUCUUUCCCCUCCCUGUUCUCUUCUCUCCGUAAAAACUCAAAAAUUCAUCAGCAUUUCUCAAAACUAGAACAUAAAGGUCCUCUGCUUGUUCUUAGUUCUUAGUUCUUUUGCGUUGUGGAUUUUUUAUGGCAACCGGAGAUUUGUAUAGAGUAGGGAGUUUAGGGAGCGGUUCCGGGAUAUGGCAGCGGGGGGAGGAGAUAUUCUCGAGGUCUUCGAGGGAUGAGGACGAUGAAGAGGCUCUAAAAUGGGCUGCUUUGGAGAAGCUGCCGACUUAUGAUCGAGUCAGGAGAGGGAUUCUUGAGGUAGCAGAAGGAGAGCGUAAAGAAGUCGAUGUCAAGAAUCUCGGGUUUCAAGACAGGCAGAAGCUAUUGGAGAGGCUUGUUAGAGUUGCAGAUGAGGAUAAUGAGAAGUUUCUAUACAAGCUCAAGGAUAGAAUCGAUCGAGUUGGGAUUCAUCUUCCUACGAUUGAGGUUCGUUAUGAGAACCUGAACAUUGAAGCAGAGGCUUAUGUGGGCAAUAGAGGGUUGCCGACAAUCCUCAAUUCUACACUCAAUGUAUUGGAGGCCUGUGCGAACUACCUUCAUAUAUUGCCAAGUAGAAAGAGACGGGUAUCGAUUCUUCAAGACGUCAGUGGAAUUGUUAAGCCUAGAAGGAUGACUCUACUUCUAGGGCCUCCAGGUUCUGGAAAAACCACGCUGUUGUUGGCUUUGGCUGGAAAACUAGGCGCAGAUCUAAAGGUUUCAGGAAAACUGACUUACAAUGGUCAUGAAAUGAACGAGUUUGUACCUCAAAGGACAGCAGCUUAUAUCAGUCAGCAUGAUCUCCACAUCGGAGAAAUGACAGUUCGAGAAACCUUAGCCUUCUCUGCUCGAUGCCAAGGAGUCGGUGCUCGAUAUGAUAUGUUAACUGAACUAUCAAGAAGGGAGAAAGCAGCAAAUAUUAAACCAGAUCCUGAUAUCGAUGUCUAUAUGAAGGCAACUUCAAUGGGUGGGCAAGAAACCAAUGUAGUCACCGAUUACAUACUCAAGAUAUUAGGAUUAGACAUUUGUGCUGACACAAUGGUGGGAGAUGAUAUGCGGCGAGGUAUCUCUGGAGGGCAAAGGAAACGUGUCACAACCGGAGAAAUGCUCGUUGGACCGGCAAAAGCACUCUUCAUGGAUGAAAUAUCCACUGGCCUUGACAGCUCCACGACCUUUCAGAUUGUGAAGUCACUCCGACAAUCCAUUCACAUUCUCGGUGGAACUGCUGUUAUCUCUCUGCUCCAGCCUGCACCAGAGACGUACGACCUUUUUGACGAUAUCAUCCUUCUCUCCGAUGGCUUGGUUGUAUAUCAAGGCCCCCGUGAGCAUGUGCUUGACUUCUUUGAGCAUAUGGGCUUCAAGUGCCCUCAAAGAAAAGGGAUUGCUGACUUCUUGCAAGAGGUUACAUCAAGGAAAGAUCAGCCACAGUAUUGGGCUCGCCACGAUGAACCUUAUAGAUUCAUUGCUGUCAGAGAGUUUGCAGAGGCUUUUCACUCGUUCCAUGUCGGCAAGAGCAUAGGGAAUGAGCUUGCACUCCCUUUUGAUAGAGCCAACAACCAUCCUGCUGCGCUAACAACAUCAAAAUAUGGAGUCAGCAAGACAGAAUUGCUGAAAGCAACAUGUGCAAGAGAAAUUUUGUUGAUGAAGAGGAACUCUUUUAUCUAUGUUUUUAAGGCAACUCAGCUGUCAAUCAUGGCACUAAUUGCAAUGACAGUCUUCUUGAGAACCGAAUUGCACCAUGAUUCAGUAACCGAUGGGGGGAUUUACAUGGGUGCUCUAUUCUUCUCGCUGGUUAUGAUCAUGUUCAAUGGAUUCUCUGAGCUCGCCAUGACCAUUAUGAAGCUACCUGUGUUUUACAAGCAAAGAGAUCUCUUAUUCUAUCCGCCAUGGGCAUAUGCCAUACCCUCAUGGAUAUUGAAGAUUCUCAUAACUUUCUUAGAAGUUGGAGUGUGGGUUUUCAUUACUUACUAUGUUAUAGGGUUCGAUCCAAAUGUGGGAAGGCUUUUUAAGCAGUAUCUUCUGCUUCUCGUGAUCAAUCAAAUGGCAUCUGGACUCUUUCGGUUCAUUGGUGCAAUUGGUAGGGACAUGGUUGUAGCAAACACAUUCGGGUCAUUUGCACUGCUCAUUCUCAUGGUGCUAGGUGGAUUCAUCUUAUCAAGAGAUGAUGUGAAGAAAUGGUGGAUAUGGGGUUACUGGAUCUCACCCCUGAUGUAUGGACAAAAUGCGAUAUCAGUGAAUGAAUUCCUUGGCAAUAGCUGGAAUAAAAUUCUUCCCGGAGCAAGAGAAACAUUAGGAGUGACUAUACUGAAAUCGAGAGGGAUCUUUCCUGAAGCAAAGUGGUAUUGGAUUGGCAUUGGUGCAUUACUUGGAUAUAUGUUCCUUUUCAAUGUUCUCUUCACCUUGGCUCUCGCAUAUCUCAAUCCCCUGGGGAAUGCUCAGGCUGCCAUGUCUGAAGAUACAUUAAAGGAAAAGCAUUCCAAUAUAACAGGAGAAAUAUUAGAAACAUCCUCAAGAGGAAAGAAAUCGAAUAGUCAGUCUGCAUCCGAAAAUUCAAAAAAUGCAGAUGAGAUUAUGCGACAAAAUAGCCCAUCUACUCUCACCCUUGAUCAAAAUCAAAGCAAAAAAGGAAUGGUACUUCCUUUUGUACCUCUUUCCAUCACAUUCGACGAUAUGAGAUACUCGGUUGAUAUGCCACCGGAAAUGAAAGCACAAGGCAUAACAGAAAACAAGUUGGAGCUUCUAAAAGGUGUAAGUGGAUCAUUCAGGCCAGGAGUUCUUACAGCGCUAAUGGGAGUUAGUGGAGCAGGGAAGACAACACUGAUGGAUGUCCUAGCUGGAAGAAAAACAGGUGGAUACAUUGAGGGAAACAUAACCAUAAAUGGGUACCCGAAGAAGCAAGAAACCUUUGCUCGUGUCUCUGGAUAUUGUGAACAGAAUGAUAUUCACUCCCCAAACGUCACAGUUUACGAAUCUCUCAUGUACUCUGGUUGGCUUAGGCUACCACAAGAUGUCGAUUCAAAAACAAGAAAGAUGUUUAUUGAAGAAGUCAUGGAGCUUGUAGAGCUGACAUCAUUAAGGAAUGCACUAGUUGGAUUGCCUGGAGUUAAUGGAUUAUCUACGGAACAACGCAAGAGAUUGACUAUUGCGGUGGAGUUAGUUGCUAACCCGUCUAUAAUAUUUAUGGAUGAGCCUACAUCUGGACUAGAUGCAAGAGCUGCAGCAAUUGUUAUGAGGACCGUAAGGAACACCGUGGACACUGGAAGGACAGUGGUUUGCACUAUUCAUCAACCUAGCAUCGACAUCUUUGAAGCUUUUGAUGAGUUGUUCCUAAUGAAGAGAGGAGGAGAAGAGAUAUAUGUUGGUCCUUUAGGGCGUCAUUCUUGCGACUUGAUCAAAUAUUUUGAGGAAGUUGAAGGCGUCAGCAAAAUCAAAGAUGGAUAUAAUCCUGCAACAUGGAUGUUAGAAGCAACCUCUUCGGCACAGGAAGAGAUAUUGGGAGUCAAUUUUGCUCAAGUUUACAAGAACUCUGCACUAUUCCAGAGAAACAAAACCUUGAUUAAAGAGCUCAGUACACCUCCUCCAGGUUCUAAAGAUUUGUACUUCUCAACUCAAUACUCACAAUCCUUCCUCACACAAUGUAUGGCUUGCCUAUGGAAACAAAACUUGUCAUAUUGGAGGAAUCCUCCAUACAAUGCAGUGAGAUUUUUCUUCACACUUAUCAUAGCUCUGUUAUUUGGGACGAUAUUCUGGGAUCUUGGAACCAAAAGAAAGAGGCGACAAGACUUGUUCAAUGCAAUGGGUUCCAUGUACUCUGCUGUCCUAUUCAUUGGAGUUCAAAAUGCAUCAUCAGUACAACCAGUCGUUGCAAUUGAAAGAACUGUAUUUUACAGAGAAAGAGCAGCGGGAAUGUAUUCAGCAUUGCCCUAUGCAUUUGGACAGGUUGCCAUUGAGCUUCCAUAUGUAUUGGCUCAGUCUCUUAUUUAUGGUGUCAUAGUAUACGCCAUGAUUGGAUUUGAAUGGACAGUCGCCAAAUUCUUUUGGUACAUGUUCUUCAUGUACUUCACAUUGCUAUACUUCACAUUUUACGGAAUGAUGGCAGUAGGCUUGACACCAAACCACAACAUAGCCUCCAUAGUUUCCUCCGCAUUUUAUGCAAUAUGGAACCUUUUCUCUGGGUUUCUCAUCCCAAGAACCAAAAUUCCCGUGUGGUGGAGAUGGUACUAUUGGAUUUGUCCUGUAGCAUGGACUUUGUACGGAUUGGUUGCUUCACAAUUCGGAGAUAUCGAUGAUAAACUCGACAGUGGUGAAGUUGUCUCUGACUUUGUGAGGACCUAUUUUGGAUUUAAACACAGCUUUUUGGGCGUGGUUGCGGUUGUGGUUGUGGCAUUCCCAGUUCUCUUUGCUUUCCUAUUUGGGUUUUCGAUAAAGGUCCUCAACUUCCAAAGAAGAUGA